AUGACUUUCUAUUCACAUACAGAUCCAUGUGUGGAACUUCGCAAUAUUCUUCAUCGUUCGCUGGUUUCACUUGGUUGUCCACAUGUACCAAGUUUACCAACAUCAACAUUUUUAAUGACAACAAAUACAAAUCUAAAAGUUGUUGCCUGGCUACUUGGCGAACUUGACUCAGAUUUUGCACAGCGUCUUCAUGCAUCGCGCUCAUCAAAUUCCAUUGCUUUUAUAAAAGAUUUUUUCCUCGAAACAGCCAUGUUUCCACGUUCAUUCAUUUUACGUCUCGAUGAUAUAUUUAAUUCAUCAUCACUUGGCGAUCUUCAUCAAUUAUCAAAUAUGUUAUCCUAUUAUAUACAUAAGCCAAUUGUUGGUCAAAAUGUUCAAUUAGGUCUUAUUGAAUAUCUUAGUGAAUUAGUCGUUUGCUUACGUAAUCCGCCAAUGACAAUUCAUCAAGAUAUGUGGACUAAUCGUAAUGUUCUCAAUAUGUUCGAACAGUUACCUAUCGAUGAAUCCAAUCUUUGCAUUGAUUCACGUAUACUUGAAUAUGCUGAUAAUGAACAACAGCAGUCGGGUGAUGAUGAAGAAACAAGUGCAGAUUUAAAAGAUGUUUUCGGACAAGUACGAACUGAGCUGCUUGCACAAAAAUCCAAUGAUAUGAAUGAAACUGAAUUUGAAACAAUAUUUACCAACGAACAAAUUAUUGAAAUUGAUAAACAACUUCAAAAUGCUUUAGUUGAUACUCAUCAGUUUUUCAAACGUCUCGAAACAGGUGUACCAAAUCAUCAAUCAACAACUAAUGAUCAACAAUCAGGAUUUUUAUUAUCAAAUGAAACAAUACAAAAAUUAAAUUCAAUAACCCAUUUAAAUGAAGUCUAUGAACAAGUUCGAUCGAAUGAUAAAAUUUUUACAGAUAAAAUCCAAUAUUUACUGAAUGAUAUCGAUAAAGAAAAUGAUACUAAUUCUAAACAAUCGAAUACUGCUGCGCUUACACUUCAAGCUCAAGUCAUGUUAGCUCGCAAUCUUGCGCAUACAUUAAGUAAUUCGGAUCAGAUAAAAAUAAAAUAA